AUGACCAUGGUUCAGGAUACUAAUCUGUUGUCAGAUCCGGCUCUACUUGAGAAGGUUGACAGGCUCCGUGAUUUGAAUAUUGGCCAACAUGUGCCCCUUCCUCAGCUGGUCGUAGUCGGCGAUCAGAGCUCUGGCAAGUCUUCAUUGCUAGAAAGCCUGAGUGGGGUUCCAUUCCCGAAGGAUCAACAACUUUGCACCCGGCAUGCUACUCAGAUCACAUCUCGACGUACCAAUGGUAACGAACACGUUGAAGUACGCAUCAUCCCCGGCCCUCACUCAUCCGAGGAGCACAAAAAGCAUGUUAGUGGAUUCAGUAUGAAGCUCAAGUCUUCCUUGGAGUUGAAAGAUCAAUUCUUGGAAAUUUUGAAGAAGGCAAAUGAACGAAUGGGUUUGAGGGCUGAUCUCAAGUCCGAGAAUGGCACGGUUUUCAGCGAGGACGUACUCAAGAUCGAGAUUCAUGGACCCCGUGAGGACUACCUAACCAUUAUUGACGUACCUGGCAUUUUUCGCACUACCACUCAAGGUACCACCAAAGACGAUAUGACCAUGGUGAGGGAUCUAGUCAAAAGCUACAUCAAAGAGAGUCGUACGAUCAUCCUCGCGGUCUUGCCGAGCAAUGUUGAUAUCGCCACACAAGAGAUCUUGGAACUUGCAGAAGAGUACGACAAGAAUGGGGAGCGGACAAUUGGUGUUCUCACGAAGCCCGACCUGGUUCUCGAAUCUGGUGCACAAGAUGCCGUCUGCGACCUCGUUCGGGGCAACAGGAGGCCUCUAAAUCUUGGCUACUUCCUCGUUCGCAAUCGUGGGGCGGACGGCAAUGCCUUGAAACAGUCACAACUUGAUCAGUUUUUUGAGAUGCAGCCGUGGAAAACUCUCCCUCAUCAUCGACUGGGAAUUACUGCACUUAAGGCCCAACUCUCGACUCUGCUGCUCGACAUUACCCGCCAGUUUUUUCCUCAGCUGGGGCGAGAAAUCAAUGAACAGAUCAAGGAAUGCAACAAGGAGCUCAACAGCCUUGGGCCGCCGCGUCAGGAUGAGCGAGAGCAGCGCAGCUUUCUGAAUCUGAUUGCUGGAGCAUUCCAGGAUCGCGUUAGAGCGGCCUUGUCUGCGGACUACAACGCCGAUGCAGCAUUUGAUGAAGACGAGCUACGUCUGAUCACUCGCAUUGCCAAUAUAACGGAAGUCUUCAGUGCUGACUUUCAAAAGAAAGCUCAUUCCCGCCCGUUCGCUCUCGUCGGGGUGUCGGAACCGUCUACCCCAAGCAACGACUUUAGUAAUUCAGACAGUGAAGACGAUGAAGCCAUGGUACAAAAAGUGCGAUUGCUCCUCCAAAGAGCCAGUCUUGAUGACCUCAGAGACGAGGAGCCUCAUGAACUUGGCGACAUUAUGAUACCGCCGCCGCUGCAGCCUAUUGCACCCCAGGACAUCACAGAGUGGAUCGAAGAUGUCUACCUGCGCUCACGGGGCCUGGACCUUGGGACCUUCAAUCCAAAUUUUGUUUCUGUGGCGUUUGCAGAGCAGUCGCGCAAAUGGGGUCAAAUGACCUGGACCUACAUGAGAAGAUGCAUUAUCGCUCUUCAUCGAUUCAUCGGCACCGCUCUCCGUUCCGUCUGGCCGGAUCCUCAAGGGCGGGGCAAACUAUGGGCCGCAAUUGUCGGGAGUCUCGUAGAGAGGUACAAGGCGGCCAUCGAACAGGCCGACCUACUGAUAGAGGUGGAACGCCGCAAGAAGCCGUAUACUCUAAAUCCACAAUUUGCCAAGGCUCUGUCGAAAGCUCGCGGGAAUCGGAUUGCUGAGCUUCUGAAGCCCACAGCUAGGAAAGAUCAGGCCCAGUAUGGCGAGGUGCAAUAUAUGGUUAACCUGGACGACAUCCCCAAAGUCGCCCAGGAGAAGCGCAACAUGGAGCAGUUGCAGGAAAAGAUUCAUGACAUCCUUCAGGCUUACUAUCAGCUGGCGCUCGAUCGAUUCAUUGACAAUAUUUUCCAGCUGGCGGUUGGGUUUCACCUGCUCCAUGGCCCUUCGAACCCUCUCAACGUUUUCAAUCAGGAUUGGGUAAUUAACCUUAGUCCCGAAGAGCUUGAGCGGAUUGUCGGCGAGACUAAAUCGGCCAAGUCGUACCGAACAAGGCUCACAAGAAAGAUCGGCGACUUCAACAAGGCUAUCGAUAUCAUCAGGUCGUAG